AUGCUGCUCCAGAUGGCACACAGCUGGUUCUUAGAUCAGCAUUUCACACACAGAGAAGUCAGACUGAACUGUCUCCCCCUGGACCGUCUCCCCCUGGACCGUCUCCCCCUGGACCGUCUCCCCCUGGACCGUCUCCCCCUGGACCGUCUCCCCCUGGACUGUCUCCCCCUGGACGGUCUUCCCCUGGCCGGUCUUCCCCUGGACUGUCUCCCCCUGGACUGUCUCCCCCUGGCCGGUCUCCGCAGGACUGUCUCCCCCCUGGCCAGUCCCCCCCUGGACUGUCUCCCCCUGGCCGGUCUCCCCCUGGACUGUCUCCCCCUGGACUGUCUACCCUUGGGCUGCAGUCUCCCCCUCAUUCUUAUCCUGUGGCUCUGCUCCUCAUCAAUUACCUGCACCGUGCUGCUGCAGGCGGCACCAACAUGUCAGCCCCCGCUCCCAGACAGCCCCCCCCCACGGCAUACAUUACACAAACCCCAGAAUGCACCACGUCUGCUUGUCAAGAAGUCUGAGACAAAAGGAGCAGGAUGCAAAACAAGCCAGAGGACUCCACCGGCCGCUGAUAAACACGGGAACAAGAAAGUGGGCCGAGAAAUGUGUUUCCCGAGCCGAUAA